GACAUUCGCGCACCGGCAAUCCGCUGCCUUAUCGCAGCCGGCCCGGAGGUUGUUUCGGGAAGCGGCUUGAAACUCCUCAGGAAGCGCAUGGAGAGCCGGGACGUGAUGGUGAGCAAGGCGGCCGUGGAGGUACUUAGGGGCCUGAGCCCGCUGAACCCAACCAUCGCCGGGACGAUCGGGCCCGUCUUGUGGGAGGAGCCGCAGGACACCCUGCCAGAGACGAUGCGCCAGCGCUCGCUCGUGCUGAACCUCCUUGGGGGAUCUGGCGCCAACGCCAAGAAGUUCCUUGAGCACAUCGCCAGAGAGAUGGAGGCCGCUGACUUCAAGGUCCGUCGAGCCGCCAUGGAGGCUUUCGUGGACCUGAAGGAGCACUCCCUACCUGCCAGUGCCGAGAUUGCCAAGCGCCUCAUCCACGCCGACCCACUUGUCCGGCGACUCACUGUUGAAUGCGUUCAGCUCAUGGGUCCCUACGGGGCGAAGAUGCUUCCAAGGGUCAAAGGCCUCCUGGACACCGAAGAGGAUCCCGAUGUGAUCCAUGCUGCGAAGCGUGCUCUAGACGGCAAGAAUGGCGUAGCUUCCGAGAUGCUGUCGAA